AGUUUAAGCCGAAACUUUUCACGAUUGCAUUUCAAAUACUUGACGAGAUUUUAGGCUAUUGACGGUUUAUUAGCAUAACAAUAAAUUACUUGUAGUGUGAGAAAAUAUUUUUAGUUCAGUGAAUACGAGUUUUCAAAGAUUGCGAAACUUGAAAAAACUCUGAUUAUUAUCGAGUGUCAAUUAAUUUUUAAUAUUUUUUGAUAAAACUUCGUUAUAAUCAUGGCUGGUGUAAGUUGUGAGGAUUCGGUUAUAACUUUAAAGAAUUUUCGUGAAAAAAUGGAUUUAGCUGAAGCGUUAUCUGAAAUAAAUAUAAAUACAACGUCGAAAUCUAGGAGAAAAAAUAUUAGAAAAAAUCAAAAGUUUGGAUAUUAUGAUGAAGUUUCCGGGAAUUUCGUUCCACCCAAACAGCUGCUCAUAUAUUUGGCAAGAAUGGGCAGCUUCACUUCAGCACCGAGGGUCCUAAAUGCAGAUAUUCUCGAUGACGAUGUUAAUCUUCCCAAAAAUAUUAGUAGAUCAGAGCUGAUUCAACAUUGCCAACGGCAACCUAAAAUACAUCCUAUGGUGAAGAGAGCGUUCCGGAAAGCUAGAAAUUCGUCUGAUACAAAUUGUGGGGUUAAAGUUAAGAAGUUAAAUGCGGUAUCCAGAGCAUGCAGUGAAUAUACUUCAGGUCCACAUAAUAUUAGAGUCUUACAAUGGAACAUUCUAUCUCAAGCUUUGGGUCAAAUGAACGACAACUUUUCCAAAUGCCCCGAUGAAGCUUUGGAAUGGAAUUCAAGAAGAUAUUUGAUAAUCGAAGAGCUAGUCGAAUAUUGCCCAGAUAUAAUUUGUUUACAGGAAGUGGAUCAUUUCAAUUUUUUGAGCCAUAUCUUAGAGACCCAAGGUUACACUGGAUUGUUCUUCCCGAAGCCUGAUUCUCCUUGUAUAUAUAUCGAUGGAAAUAAUGGCCCCGACGGCUGUGCAAUUUUUUAUAGAAAAGAUAAAUUCGAUUUAAUGAAAGUGGAAACGAAAAUUCUUGAAAUUUGGAAAGUACAUAGCAAUCAGGUGGCGUUAUUAUCUGUUCUAAAAAUUAAAGAAACUGGACAGGAAAUUUGCGUUACGACAACCCAUUUGAAAGCGAAGAAAGGUGCUUUACUAUCGACGCUUCGAAACGAACAGGGAAAAGAUCUUCUACAAUUUGUUCAAUCUAACUGCGGAGACCUUCCAUUAAUCCUGUGCGGAGAUUUUAAUGCCGAACCCAACGAACCUAUCUAUACAACAGUUUUAGAAAAUUCCUUGAAUCUUGGUAGUGCUUACGCUGACUGUGAUACCGAUCCUAACUUAAAUUCCGCCGAAAGAGAACCUUCGUAUACAACUUGGAAAAUAAGGGGAGAAGGAGAAGUUUGUCACACUAUAGAUUACGUAUUUUAUAGUACAAAUAAACUUGAACUGGAAGCGGUGUUAGAUUUUCCAACUGGAGAGGAAAUUGGGGAAAAUAGGGUACCUAGUUUGGCUUAUCCUUCGGAUCACUUUUCUUUAGUUUGUGAUUUUAAGAUUGGAAAUAGUUAAUAACUUUUAUUUAUUAGUAGGUUUAUAAGUUAUAUGAUAAAAAUUUUAUUUUAUAUUAAAAUGAAAUGAAUUGGGUAUUAUUCUAAAUUAUUCAAAUUCCAUGUCAUAUCAUCCAUGUUUUCCAGAUUAUUUAUUGGUUCAUCACUUUUCCCUUUAGUUGAAUCUCCUGUACUUGAUUCGAUAACCUAGAAUAAAUUGCGCCAGCUGGGAAGAAAUUGCGCAGAUCUUAAAACUCUUCCUACGUAGCUCAUAUUUAUAUUCAGGCAUAGUUAUAUGAAGAACUUGAACAAGUAUUAAAUAACAUACAAGAAGAAGAAGAAGGAUGCUCUCAUAGUAUUGUUUUGGCCAACACACGUUUCAUAAAAAGCUCUCAGAACCAUAACAAAUACAUACACCAAACCAUACUCUACACAUACUUGAACGUAAUAUGUUACCUCCAUCUUUUGAGGUCUCAUACUUUCGGCAGUCUCCAAAUAUAGUAAUAAUUGUGAUAACAUUGGAGCUAUAAGACUAUUUUCAAGAAGAAACUCCUAAACACAAUCAGAGUAUUUGACCAUAUGAAUUUCCACAAUGUUAUUACCAUCUCAUGACAUAGCAAAUAACGAAAUUGAUGAUGUCCUGAUAGAAAAGAAACGAAUAAAAAGGUAACAAAUAUUCGAAGUUAAGGAAUAACGACCAAUUUCUAGUAAUUACAAAACUGGAGACGAUAAACUGCCUAGAAUUAAACAAGAUAAUAUAAAAUUGAAAAAAAUAUAUAGAGAGAACUAAAUACGAGAUCCAGAGUAGAAUGAAUGGAGGCUGAAUGGUCACAGAUAGAAAUUUUAAUGAUUGAUUCAAAAGGUAGUACUAAGGGGUUCGAUGAAAAAUGGGAGCUCUGGAACAAAAUAAUAAAA